UAUACUAGCCAUGCUGAAAUAUUUUUUCUCUGGGUCCUUUUUAAGACCCCUAUUUGCUGAAUUCUUAGGCACUCUUUUCUUUGUGCUCUUUGGCCUUGGGAGUACUCUCUCCUGGCCCACAGCGUUUCCCAGUGUCCUGCAGAUCUCCCUAACAUUUGGCCUGGCGAAAAGUACUAUGGUAAAGACACUGGGACAUAUUAGUGAUGCUCACCUAAACCCUGCAGUGACACUAGCAUUCCUCUUGGGAUCCCAUAUCUCUAUCUUGAAAGCUGCUUUGUACAUAUUAGUUCAGGUGCUGGGAGCUGUGGUUGGAGCCGGGUUGCUCUACGAAUUUACUCCAUCAAACCUGCAUGGAAACUUUGGUGUCAACUUGCCAAGCAAUGGAACUACCCCCGGACAAGGUGUUGCAGUAGAAGCCUUCACCACAAUGCAGCUGGUUCUUUGUAUAUUUGCCACAACUGACAUUCGUCGAGAGGACAAUAUUGGGUCUCCAUCUAUUUCCAUUGGUCUUUCAGUUACAGUGGGUCACCUCCUGGGGAUUUACUUCACUGGCUGCUCUAUGAAUCCUGCCAGGUCUUUUGCUCCAGCAUUGAUCACAGGAAAUUUCACCCAUCACUGGGUCUUCUGGGUUGGUCCCAUGACUGGUGGAAUCGUUGCUUCUCUGAUCUACAACUACCUACUUUUCCCUUCAGAAAUUAGUGUUUGUGACAGACUGGCUAUUCUGCAGGGUAACUAUGACCCAGAGUACGAGGGGGAGAGAGAGGAGCACCGCAAGCACUCCAUUGAACUCAACUCUAUGCAAAAAAUCAAGCAGACAGCUCUAGAUUGUACUGUAGUAUCUUUUCAAGCUUUGAAUUUUUGAACUUGAGGUUCUCACACUUUUUAAUAAAACCUGAUUCAAACCAA